AUGAACUCUUCUAAAACUUCAAGAACUGUAAAAGCCAUGCAUUUAUUCCAUUUAGAAUAAAGAAAUUCAAAUCUUUAACAUUAUAACAUUCCUACUUCUAGAGAACCUAUUCCUAGUAUCUUAAAACCUUUUAGAUUAUCUCCAACUAAAUAAUCAUUUUCAACAUCUCAAAAAAAUUUAGAAAAUUGUUAAAGUAAAUUAUCAGUCGAAAGAAAGAUAUAAUAACUUAGAAAAGAAAUUUUAAUUGCAAAAAAUAUCAAGUAGAAAUAAUUGUUUCAAAGCAAUAAAUAAUUAAUCAAGAAUAAUUUCUCUACUCUUGAAAAAUAACUCGAUAAACAACCUAAACUUAUUAAAUAUUUUGAAAAAAAAUCACAUUCUAAAAUUAAACUCUUUGAAAUACCAAUCACUGUUCAAGAAAGAUAAAUCUAAUAAUCAACUUUAUCAACUAAAGUUACUAAAAUUCCAAUAUUAAAAUUAUAAGAAAAAUAAACUUCAACAUUAGAAGACGGAAUAAAUGAAAAUUAAGUGAUACAACAGUAUUAGUCAACUAUUAAGCUUCCAAGUGAACCUGAUUCCCCAUAAAUUAUUAAGAAGUUAUAAUCUUAUUAGUUUACAUAAAGAAGUGUCAGUUAAGGAAAUGUUGAGAAAUAAAAAAAAGUAGAAUGGACUCCAUGGCCAUAAAAUUUUGAAGGUUGGCAUGCACCUGAAGGAGAUGAAGAUUUACAACUAUAAUAUUAAUAAUUUUUCUGA